AACUCACUAAUUCACAACACAAAUUUAGAAUACUUAUCUCAGUUUCUUCUUUUAUUUCAUUCAUCUAAAAAAAUCCAUCGAAUUCUCUUCUUUGGUUUUUUCUUUUCUAGUCUCAAAUUUUAAAAAUGGUUUCUCAAUGUUUUCUCCAAAUCUUUCUUCUUAUGAUCACUAUUUUUCAGAUUUCUUCAGCUGCUAGAAAUCUGAACGAGCUGGUUCAAGAUCAGUCUCAGCUACUUCACUACCACAACGGUCCAUUGCUAUACGGCAAAAUCUCCGUGAAUCUAAUUUGGUAUGGCAACUUCAAACCAUCUCAGAAAGCCAUCAUAACCGAUUUCUUCACCUCAAUCUCUUCUCCAAUUUCACAAACAAACCAACCUUCCGUUUCCGCGUGGUGGAAAACCACAGAGAAAUACUACCACUUAACCUCAAACAAAAAAUCUACUCGCCUUUCACUUUCAUUGAGUAAACAAAUUCUCGACGAGAAUUACUCAUUAGGAAAAUCACUGACGAACAAAAACCUAAUCGAAUUAGCUUCCAAAGGUGACCAAAGAGACUCCAUCAACGUUGUUCUAACUUCCGCUGACGUGGCAGUUGAGCGCUUCUGUAUGGACCGAUGUGGGUCUCACGGUUCCGCUUCAUCUUCAGCGAAACCUGUUAAGGGUAAAAAUGUAAAAUUCGCUUACAUUUGGGUUGGUAAUUCAGAAACUCAAUGUCCAGGUCAAUGCGCGUGGCCAUUUCACCAACCUAUUUAUGGGCCACAAAGUCCACCUUUGGUUGCUCCAAACAACGAUGUGGGACUUGAUGGAAUGGUUAUUAAUUUAGCCGGUCUUUUGGCUGGAACCGCAACAAACCCUUUUGGAAAUGGGUAUUUUCAGGGUCCAGCUGAAGCUCCUCUCGAAGCUGCUUCGGCUUGUCCUGGUGUUUAUGGUAAAGGUGCUUAUCCUGGUUAUGCUGGUGAUUUGCUUGUUGAUUCUACUACUGGUGCUAGCUACAACGCACAUGGUGAUAAUGGGAGAAAGUAUCUUCUUCCUGCUUUGUACGAUCCUUCUACAUCUUCUUGCUCAACACUUGUGUGAAGGGUUAAUUUGUCAUUCCAUCGUUUUCCUGCCACCGCUUCUACUAGUGAUAAAUUAGUAACACGGGAUUAUGUAGGAUGCUGUACAAAUAAGCAUUAUGUAGGAUUAAUUCAUUUAUUUUUUUAUAUCUUUAAAUUUUGGGAUUAAUGUUGAAGAAGCAAAUGUACUUUGGUUUGCUUUGAAAUAUAUAUUAGUAUUAUUAUUGGUAUGUU